AAGGAUUACAAGCAGAAGAAAGGAUGUUUUUUUCCUGCAUCCAGAAGUCUGGAGAUAUACCUGUUCUUCUGUAUAUGAAAUCAUCAUCCAGAGAUACACAGGGACCAUGUAAGUUGAUUUUAUGAAGGUGAACGUGACAAUGUGAGUUCAUAUGAAUGUGUGUCAUGUGUUUAGGAAUAUGAUGUGAGUUUGGGUGUGGUAAGCAUGUGCACAAAUGUUUGUGAGUUUUAAACUAUAAUUGUGCAAGUACUAUAUACAUAAGUAUGUGAGUAUUAAUGCACAUGGGUGUUUGCAUCUGCCUGUAAGUGUUCAAAUGAGUUUGUGUGCAGACUUAGUUGACCACCAAGUAUGGCUCCAAAUCCCUAACUUGAAAAUUGGCAAUGAUUGCAUCAUGACGCUGCAUCAAAUGUAGAUGUAUUUAUAUGAAAAAAACAGAUUUCUUGCAAGUCCUAAUUUAUAUUUCUUAAUUAUCAGAGUACCAAGUGCUCAUUCUUGAAAAAUAGCACAAUUAAUUAAUGAAUGUAGAGCACUGUGGUAACUAUUUUAUCUCUUUGAAUGAAGUAAUUGUGCAUUGGUUCAUCUGAUAUUUACAAGAAUGGUAGAAUCUGUCUGUUGAGCUGUCAGAACUAAGUGCUCAUUUGUGACAGACUCAUUUUGAACCUUCUCAUUUUUUCCAUGUAUAUUGUUCUGUUGUGUGUCAGUUGCUCAGUCAUGUCUGACUCUUUGAGACCCCAUGGACUGUAGCCCACCAGGCUCCUCUGUCCAUGGAAUUCUCAAGGCAAGAAUACUGGAGUGGGUUGCCAUUUCCAUCUCCAGGGGAUCUUCCCAACCCAGGGAUCGAACCUGUAUUGCAGGCAGAUGCUUUACUGUCUGAGCUGCUAGGGAAGCCCCACAUUGUUCUGUGUCUGAUUCUAAUUGCUAAUGGAGGUGAAUAAUCAUAAAGUAAAUUUUCCUACAACAUCUCCAUGUUGAUUGGCAUUGAUUUAUGCAAAGCAUCCAAUUAAUUGGCUCUGAUUUGUGCUGACAUUUUCUAUAAUGAGUAAUGUGUCCUGUUCUUCCUUUUACUUGUCUCUCUUUGAAUGUUUUUCCCAGGUAUUUUGUCCCAUUCCAUUUCUCUAACAAUACUUUAAUUGAUCAUUCAGUUUAACGGUCUGAAGAUUAGGAGAGCUCUAGUUUCAGGGUAGAGAAACAUCUCAGGGAAGUAAAGAAUGCAGAGGGACACACAGUUUAUGCCAGUCCCUUAUGUGUGUGACUUCAGAAAGUCCAGCUUUCCUCAAUGUGAGACCCUGUCUGCCUCCAGGGAUCAUGGAAAUUAAGAAGGCUCUUGGAAACACUCCUUUAGUCUCCUAAGGGUGCUAACUAGAAACUUGUAAUUGUUUCCAGUAAUUAACAACCUAGAGAAAAGUUUCCAGAAAUGUUCUCAGCUCCCAGGCCUGCACUCCCAUUGCUGCUGCAGGUGAAAUGAUAAUUGCAGCUCUGAUAGGAGGGGAGGGGAGGACACAGCAUCUCAAACCCAUAUAUCAGGAUCCAGUUGCCUCCCUCCCACACAGACACUAGGUAUAAUGACCACCAGGAAGCCCACUCUCCUGAUAGCAAGAAGGUGUCAGGUAAGUGUUUUCCAUCUCGUUCUAAGCAGCAGAGUCUUCAAGAGAAAGUCAGAUCAAGAGUCUGGAGAAGAGAUCAUAUCAGACAAAGGCAAUCUUCUGUGUAGUAACUGGAUUCAGUGCCAACAGCGGGCAGGAUGGUGUAAGUCUGAGGCAUGAGCUGAGCUAAUAUUGAGAGAUGGUUUCUAGAACCCACGGCAGUCUCUAAAGACCCUUCAUGCAAUCAAAUGUAAUCCUCUGACAGUUUCUGUUGUGACUCAAUACACGUUACAGCAAAACCUGAUUUUUAAGGUGCUUAAAAAUAUUUGUGAUGAAAGGAUCCUAGUCCACAUUGGGGAAAUGUCGUUUGUAAAUAAGUAUAUGGUCUAUCAUUUGGUAAUAUUUAAGCUAUUUGUUAACUAUACUGAAAAAAGCUUUGCUUCUCACUGAGUUAAAGCUCUUGGAUUUAACUCAUUCAUGUCCAUCAAAUCCUUUUCUAGGAAAAGAAUGAAACUGCACACAUGGCAUAAUUCCAAUAAAGAUAUUUUUCUCAACCUAAAAAAAAUUGUAUUUUAAGUGGUAAAAUACAUUUGUAAAAUCAGUCUGCUGUUGAGUCUACCUUACAGGAAUUAUAGACUCCAUGUUCAGGAUGACUAGAAGUUCACCACCAAUCCAUACAGGUUUGCAAUAAAAUGUAUGAUGGAUCUGAAGAAAUCAUCUAAUCCCAUGCAGAAAGUGUGUCUAAAUGAAAAUGACUUGAAUAGAAAGUGUUGCUCCAAUCCUGGAUGUCUGAUGCAAUUAGUGUAGACAGUAACUUUGCCUGAACUGAAAACCUCUGUAGUGUGUUAAUUCUGGUGAGGUUACUGUCAUUCUUAGAUUUAAAGAACGGUUGACAUGGUAAUUUUAAGUUAGAGGCAGCAGCUGCCAGUCUCCUAGCAUGUUGAUACUUUUUUUUUAAAUAGGCUACUAUCAAUCCAAAAAUCCAGUCUCUGAAUUUAUAAAAUACAUAAGAAUACAUGCCUUGCAGAUGCUAUUUUACACAUAUGUCUGGUAUGUCAGUGGCAUGCACAAAUAUUAUUUCUUUGUUGCUAUUUUUGCUUAGCUCUGGAAUGAACAAAUAGAUAAGUAUAUGAAUUGAAAACAACAAUAAUUCAGUUUUUGCACUCUUUUAUCAUGUAUUAGUGUUUUAUGGCUCAAAGUUUACAGUGUUACUUGUGCUUAUUCAAUAAUUCCUGUGAUAGGUACAUUAUACCUACUUUACAGACAUAAAAGCAUCCUAAUACCAUUCCAGUACUGAGCCAUUCUCAUCUUCAUGACAUUAGGUUAUCUUGGGCAGGUUCCUGCCAUAUGCCAUAUUCUACUGCCAGCAAUCCGUAUAUAUGUAUUAAAAUAUCUAAAACCUAAUACAUAAUACAUAGUGCCCUAAAGAAUAAAGCUUUACAAAAAUGGAAUCUUCUUAUAAUAAAAAUAUAAAAGACCAUUGGUCUAAAAUCAGGUUAAGAAGUUGUGAAAUCAAAACUAAAUAUGGGUAUGGAUUAUUAUUUGAAUACAACUAACUGGUUUUUGGCAGAACUGGUGGGUCAGUGCACUCUCUUGACCAGCCUAAUGAGUUUCUAAAGUCUUCACUCUGCCCUGUGCAGCAGAUCUCAACAAAUACAUAACCUCUCUGUGUUACCUUUCCAUGAAAAAAUUGAAGUCACAGAAAUCCUGGGCUUGUGGAUUUGUGAAGAAUGAAGUGAUAGCAUGGAGUGCCUUCAACAAGUAAUUUUGCAUUUUAAGUGCUCUUUCAAUGUUAUACAUUGAGCCCUUUUAAGCCUACUAGUAACAGAAAAGCAUAAAGCAAAAUUUUCCAAGUAGGACCUGAGGAUAAGUGGAGAAUAUUGGAUUUCAGUGGAUAUGAUGCAUGCAGCCCACACCUGAUGUUCCCAUAGAGACACUAACUCACGAGACAAGUACCAGUGACUGUGAACUGAGAGGAUGGCUGGCAGCUUUUUCAUAAUAGGCACGAUCAUCGUAACACAGACCGUGGUUGGAAUCCUGGGGAAUUUCUCACUCCUUUGCAGUUAUAUCAUCCUUCACUCCAUGGGUUACAGGUUAAGGUCCACAGAUUUGAUCCUUAAGCACCUGAUUGUGGCCAACUCCUUGGUCCUCCUCUGUAAAGGGGUCCCCGAGACAAUGGCAGUGUUUGGGUGGAAGCAGAUCCGCAGUGAUUUUGGCUGCAAACUUCUCUUCUUUCUGCAUAGAAUGGGGAGGGGAGUGUCCAUCGGUAGCAUCUGCCUCUUGAGUGUCUUUCAGGUGAUCACGAUCAGUCCCUGGAACUCCAGGUGGGCAGUUCUGAAAGUAACAGCUCCCAAGUACACCGUUCCCUCUAUUUUCCUGUGUUGGAUCCUGCAAAUGCUGGUAAAUGUCAUUUUUCCCAUCUAUAUAACUGGCAAAUGGAGUCACAAUAACAUCACAGAGGAAAGAGAUUAUGGCUGCUGUUCUACUAUUCUUACUGACCAGAAGAAUAUAAAAACCAGAGACGCCUUGUAUGCAGCAUUGCUAUCACUCCCUGAUGUUUUAUGUUUGGGGCUCACGCUCUGGGCUGGCGGCUCCAUGGUUCUCAUCCUGUACAGACAUAAGCAGCAGGUCCAGCACAUUCGUAGGACCGAUGCCUCCUCCAGGUCCUCCCCUGAGUCCAGAGCUACUAAAACCAUCCUUCUCCUGGGGGGCACCUUUGUCUGCUUUUAUGCUCUUUCCUCCAUCUUUCAAGUUCUUAUGGCUCUUUUUGUUCAGCCCAGCUGGUUCUUUGUGAACAUGACUGUAAUCAUAGCAGCGUGCUUCCCAACUGUCAGCCCCUUUCUGCUCAUGAGCCGUGACUCCAGUGUACACAGGCUCUACUUUGCCUGGAAAAGAAAUGCAAAGUCCUCUACUGUUAUGAGAAAAGUGUGAAUUUUAUUUAUUUCUAUAGUGAGCCAUUGCCAGCUCAUUUAUUCAGCCUCAGAAUCCUAAUUUAAAUUUUGUAUUUCAAGAUAAUAUAUGGGACAUGCCAAAUGUCUUCUUCAAUAUAAAGACCAAUUGAAAUAUAUUGUCAUGAAAUAUGAAUACCUCAUAAAAAAUCAUAUCAUUGAAGUUUCCUUGUAGAAAAGGAGUUCACAAAUUUAUGCAAUAAACAAGUCUUGAAAUGAUAUGCAUAUUAUAAAGUGUUCAAAUGUGUUACUUUCAGUCUACAAAACAAAUUUCCCACAAAUGAAGUAGGUAUGGAAUUAUAGAUAAAAGUAUACAUGAAAAUGGAUCAGUGUAUACAGUAGUCAAAAAUAAAAUGGAAGAAAUUAAUGUCCUCAGAAAGUAAAGAAUACCCUGGUUACUACGCGAAGGUAAAAUCGGGUAAGAAUUUGGGAGCCAGUUACCAGUUUAUAGUUAUCAUUGUUAAGAGAGAUGGCAGUAUUUAUUAGAAAGAGUCUUGCAGGGAGAUUAGCACAGUAAAAUAUUUCCAUGUAGAAAUGAGCAGUUUGAAGUGAAGUACAAUAAAAAACACACUGAAAGAAAACUAUAUUUCAGCAGAUUUAAAGAGCUGAAAUAGAUUUGACAUAUAACAUUGUGUGAAUUUUAAGUGUAAGAUGUGAUAAUUUGUUACACAUAAAUAUUGUAAUGUGACUACCAUUACAACCACAUAUCACAAUGCAUAGCUUUUCUUUUACAUCAAAUUUGUCAUUGAAUUAUAGUUGAUUGACAGAAUUAUAGUAGUGGCAGAGGUACAACAUUGUGGUUCAAUAUAUAGGUUAUACUUUGUUUCAAGUUAUUAUGAACUAUUGGCUAUAUUCCCUGUGCUGUAAAGUAUGUCCUUGUAGUUUAUUUAUUUUAUACAUAGUAAUGCGUACUUCUAAAUCUUUACUCUGUCUUGCCCCUUCCCACUUUCUCUCUCCAGUGGUGAGCGCUAGUUUAUUCUCUAUAUGCGAGUCUUUUUCUAUAUCAUUAUUUUCAUCCAUUUGUACUAGCUUUAGAUUCCAUAUGUCAAGGGAUAAUACACAGUAUUUAUCUUUCUCUGUCUGACUUAAUUGACUAAACUGAAUGAUUUCCAGGUCCAUCUAUGUUAGA